AUGUCUAACUCAGCUCUGGUGGCGAUUGUAAUCAUCGAGACAAAUGGGUGUAGGUUUUACACCUUUCCAAAAGAUCCAAAGGAGUUAGAGAGGUGGAUCCGCAUAAUAAGACGAGCUGACAGAGAGCCAAGCCUUUCAUCCCGUAUAUGCAGCUGCCACUUCCCAGAUGGAAAGGCAAAGGGUCCUGUGCGUGAAGUUAAGUUGCCUGCUGUUGCUGCCACACAUUCAAGGUCACGGACAAGUUCUGUUGUACCAGACAGAGAUGAUGCUGCCCUUGCUGAAGCUCUCAAAGAGGUUGAAGAUUUAAAGAGGCAACUAAAAUCAAGGUCCCAGGUCACUCCCUUCUCUGUGAAGUCCUUAUCCAGUGAGGAGGUUGGACGAGAAACUGGCCUCACAGAUGUUGCCACCUUCCAGGUUUUGGUCAACUAUGUUGCCGGUUUAAAGGGUUCCAUCAAGUAUCACCAUGGAUGGCGAGUAGAGGAUAUCACCUUGGAGGACCAAGUAUUCAUUUGCCUGAUGAAACUACGCCAUAAUUAUCCAAAUUUCCAUCUAGCCAAAUUAUUCAUGUGCAGUCGCACCACCAUCAGCAACGUAGUGCUGACAUUUGUUCAUGUUUUUCAUGAGUUACUCUUUCCGUGCCUGGAAAAGAUUCCCUCUGCUCACAAGAACAGCCUUUCUGCCCCCCAGUCUUUUAAGGACUUCCCUAACUGCCGUGUUAUAAUAGAUUGCAGUGACAUUGAAAUUGCCAUGCCAGAGCUCUUAAAACAUCAAAAACAAACAUAUUCGGUCUACAGGGGGAUGCAUUCUUUUAAAUUUCUAGUGGGUGUCUCACCAAAUGGUGCUGUAACAUUCUGCAGUGGUCUCUAUCCGGGAUCAUUUUCUGAUAAGGCCAUAGUUAAAGAGUCUGGGAUCCUUUCUCAGAUGGUGUCCGGUGACGUCAUUCUGGCAGACAAGGGCUUUCUCAUACGUGACCUACUUCCAGAGGGUGUCCACCUCAAUAUUCCACCCUUUUUGAACCACGGAAAGCUGACUGCCAGCGAAGCCCACCAGACAGAGGUCAUUGCCAGGAACAGAAUCCACGUGGAACGUGCCAUUGGGAAAAUAAAAGGAUUCAAGAUCCUCUCUUUCAUCCCUUCAUACCUGCGAUGCUAUGCCGACAUCCUUGUGCAGUUAAGUUGCUGCCUAGUUAACAUGCAACGGCCAUUAUUCAGGGAAGCCAGUCCUGAAUCUGGAUGCCAAGACACUCAGCUGUGCUCCGGUGCUGGGCCCUCCGGAGCAACACAACCUCCCGAAGACGACUAACUUUUACCUCCGGUGCUGGGCCCACCGGAGGACCGUUUGGCGGCUGACUGCAGCAACGUCUUGAUCGGAUUCAUAACGACCUCCCAAGGAUGACUGAGUUUUACCUCCGGUGCUGGGCCCACCGGAGGACGAACCACUGGGAGACUACAUCGAGGCAUGUAUGACGUGGCAGCAACAGCAGGCAACUGAACUUCGAUUGUGCUCCGGUGCUGAGCCCACCGGAGCUACAUGACCAGAACAGGACGACUGAGUUUUACCUCCGGUGCUGGGCCCACCGGAGGACGAACCACUGGGAGACUAUGAUGCAUGUAUGAUGUGGCAAUGCGACAUCCCAAGGACGACUUUUUUUUUUUUACCAACAGCUGAACACCUGCUGUCAUUGUUGAUGUUUGUUUUUAUAGACUUCA